CCACAGGGCAGCCAGAAAAAAAAAAAAAACACCAAAAAAAACGUAAAGCAGGGUUCUGUGAGAGAGUUGAGGGGAUGAUGGUCUGACCCUGACGUGGCAGACUGGGUAGUAUUAGGCAGGACAAGCGACAGAGAACUCCACCCACUAGCUGACUGCCAAGAGAGGAAUUACAAACUAGAGAGAGAUACUGGCUUCAGGCAUAGCUGGAUCCAGGAGCUGAGGCUCCCUGUCUCUUUCUGGGCUUUCCACUAUAUUGGCCUCAGCCUCAGGAACAUUUUCUACACCACAGGGAUGAGAGGUGAGGAGAGGGCAACAGCUCUAAGAUGGCAUGCUACAGCAUCUGAUCAGUGGAAAACAGCUUCUCUUUCUGGGCCAGUCUAUCCCAGAAUUGUACAGUAUGGGUCUGCUUUGCUCACUUGCCCGUCCCUAAGCCUGUCACAUGGCUGCUGGAUUUGGAGCUCAUUGAUUGGCAAGGUCUGGGGAGCAGGGCGAACCUCCUGGACUGAGAAUAGGGAAGAGGUGGCCCCAAAGGACCACUGAAGAGACAGGAAGUUGAGCAAGUAAAAGCCAGCCACAGUCCCCUGCAGAGAGUAACCUUGAGACCAAAGUCAGGCGCACAACCCGGUGCCAGCAGCACCAGCUGGGAGCCAAGCAGGUGGAGGAGCUCAGAGGUCCCCACUGCCGCCCAGGACCCCCCUUGGCACCCUCAGUGAUGCCUCUUUGCCCUGUCUGGCUGGCCCAGUGCAGUCCCCUCAUCUCCAGUCCAACGGGGCUCCUCUGAGUCCCCACCACCCAUGUCUGCGCCCCCAUGGCGGGCAUGGCGACAGCAAGCCGGGGGCGGGUCACCAUGCAGGAGCACAUGGCCAUCGAUGUGAGCCCGGGCCCCAUCCGGCCCAUCCGCCUCAUUUCCAACUACUUCCCGCACUUCUACCCCUUUGCUGAGCCCACCCUGCGCACCCCAGACCCACAGCCUGCAGUGACCCCCGCCAUCCCCUCUGCACCGCAGCCACAGCUGGACCUAGAGCCAGAGGAAGACUCAGAUGACAGCACUGUGCUUGGCACCCUCGAGUUCACCCUCCUUUUGGAUGCGGACAACAGCACCCUGCACUGCACGGCCCACCGUGCUGAGGGCCUCAAGCCACCAGCCUCGGGCUCCGUGGACACCUAUGUCAAGGCGAAUCUGCUCCCGGGGGCCAGCAAGGCCAGCCAGCUGCAGACACGCACGGUUCGGGGCACGAGGGGACCUGUCUGGGAGGAGACGCUCACCUAUCAUGGCUUCACCGUCCAGGACGCCCGGCGCAAGACCCUGCGGCUGUGCGUGUGUGAGGACCCACGGCUGCGGCGGCGGCGGGGGGCACCUCCCCUGGGGGAGCUGCGGGUGCCCCUGAGGAAGCUGGUGCCCAACCGAGCCAGGAGCUUCAACGUGUGUCUAGAGAGGCGGCGGCUGACCAAGAGGCCCAGGAGCCUGGACACAGCACGUGGCAUGUCUCUGUAUGAGGAGGAGCUGGAGGCAGAGGCGGCAGGAGAGGAGCGCGGGCGCAUCCUGCUGUCGCUGUGCUACAGCUCUCAGCGGGGCGGCCUGCUGGUGGGUGUGCUACGCUGCGCCCACCUCGCCCCCAUGGACGCCAAUGGCUACUCAGACCCCUUCGUCCGCCUGGCCGCGCCCACCCUGAGCCCGUCCUUCCCAAUCAGCUUCCUGCAUCCAAACGUGGGGAAGAAAUCCAAAUAUAAGACCAGUGUUCGGAAGAAGACCCUGAACCCCGAGUUCAACGAGGAGUUCUUCUACGCCGGCCCAAGGGAGGAGCUGGCCCAGAAGACGCUGCUGGUGUCCGUGUGGGAUUAUGACCUGGGCACGGCCGAUGACUUCAUCGGUGGGGUGCAGCUGAGUAGCCAGGCCAGCGGGGAGCGCCAGCAACAUUGGCGUGAAUGCCUGGGUCGCAGUGACUGCCGGCUGGAGCUGUGGCACCCGCUGGACGGUGCGCCCCUCCAGCUCAGCAACUAGCAGGGGCCCCCCAUCUGGGCCUGCUCACCGCCCCUCCCCAAACCAGCCCUCGGCGGUUCCCACGGAGCUGGGAAGACCUGAGGCUGCCUCACCCACCACACCCAGCCCCUUCAAUCCCUUCCUGCCCCUCUUUCAAAUCCAUCCCGCUGCCCAAUCAUGAAGCAAGAAUAAACCUCUCUUUCAAACCCGA